AUGUCGAAACCUCUCCUCUCACUACCACCACCACUUCAACAACAACGACAUCCAAAACGACCUCAACCACUACCACAACGGCUGCUCCAACAACCACGCAUGAACCUACUACUGAAAAAGCCGAACAGAAAGAAGAAAAAACAAGUAAAAUUGCUGUCCAAUCUCAGAGAGUCGAGGGAGAUCAACCAUCCACCACCACUACAGCUGCUCCGAGAACAGGUCAGUUUUUAUUUUUACUACCAUUUAGCGUUAUUUUACUACUAUUGUAUAUUAAAUUUUAAGAAUUUUUAUUUCUGGAAUUUUUGAUGAGCGCUGUAGUUUGGUCCGUGAGCACAGUGACGUGGGCGAAGCAUUAAUAAUUUUUUACGAUUUUUUUUAAAAAUUCAUUUUUUUCUAAAACUCGCUUUGCUGAUUUUUCGCACUUAUCCAAUGUUCUUUUGAGAAUGCGAACGUCGUCGUCUGCAUGCUUCGUCCUCGUCGAUUCGCGGUUCUUUCGUUCCAACCUGCACGCCAACUGGAGAUUUUGAAAGAGUUCAGGUUGGUGAAUUUUUUUCAAAUUCACGGUUUGAUUUUUUUCAAUAUAUAAAGAGUUGUUUUUAGUGUGAACCAAACCAGCAGCAAUGUUUCUGCGUUGACAGUCACGGCAUCGAGCUGCCCAACAGUCGCACUCACAAUGGCCAACGACCUGACUGCUCUUGUUUGUUUCCUUUCAUUGCUUUCUCGAAAAAAAAAGGAAAAAUUUUUUAUGUGCGAAGUCAGUAAUCUUAAAUUUUCUCCAAAAAAAAGGUGGAAGAAGUUGCGCUUUGUGGUGCCUUUUGUGCCAUUUCAUCAGCUCAUUUUUGGCUCUUCGGACUUAGCUCCAGUUUCUAGUUUAUGAUUAAAAAUAUGAAAAUGAAAUGCUCUCAAGGCUGUGUCAAAUAAGAUUUCACUUCUGAAAUUAUAUUUUUGAAUAAUUGAGAUUUUUCCAGCGAUCCAGUCUGCUCCAAGAUCUACUGUCAAGGAAUGCGUGGGAGAAGCUUCUCGCGGACCUUGUCAAUCGACUUUGAACCGAUGGUUCUACGAAGAAUCCACCCAGACUUGCAAGGUUUUUUUCAUUAAUUUUUUUGAUAUGUGUCUGCCAUUUGGAAAAAAACUGUCGAUCCUCAAAAAUAAAAAAAUUAUAGUCUUUUUGACUACUCUGGUUGCGGCGGAAACGGAAACAACUACGAGUCGAAAGAGUCGUGCGAGUCCCGCUGUGCUCCCCCUCCACGUGGCCUUCCUAAGUGCGAGAUUGUGAGUUUAUCAGGAGAUUCUUUCGAAUUUUUCAAUUUUUCUUGUUUUUCCAUGAUGAAAUUUUUUUUGGAAAAUUUUUUUUGUAGAAAAAAGUUUUUUUCAGUUUAGGAAAUAAUAUAGGCUAUAAUAGCACUCUGACUGGUUGGAAGUUUUUCCGGAACAAUUUUUUUUUUCACAUAGUUAUGGAUUUUAAAAUUAUUCUCAUCAAAAAAAGCUCUGAUUAAAAAAAAAUGCGACUCGAAAAUAGAUUUAAAAAGCUGAAUAAAAUAUACUAGUUUGUGUCUUUAAAUUUGGUUUUUUGACCUCUUUUUACUAUUUCGACUUUUUUUCAUGAGAAUGUGAAAACAUUAUUUGUCUUAUUGACCGCAAAAUAAGAUGUACUUCUUUAUGAGUGUCUUUUUCCCGUUUUUCAUUCUAUCAUUCCAAGAAUUUACAACAAAAUAAAUCACGGAAAGGAAAACAUUGAAACCACUGAAUGAAAUGCAGGGAGAACCGCUGAAGACGAAGAUCGGAGUUCCCGUGAACUGCGCCAAGACCGACUGCCCCAGCGGCUACAAAUGCAACAUCGUCCAGCAGUCAAGUGUUUGUUGCCAGGAAUCUUCCAAAGACGGUCAGUCCGAGAUACAAUCGAACAUACUACACGGUGAUUUUUCAGUUGGUCUCCAAACCGUCGAUGAUCGCUGCAAACUGCCCAAGGAACGAGGACCGUGCGACAAGUACGAGCUCCGUUUCUACUACAAUCCUGACCUUCAUGUGAGAAUUUUUGACAUGAAUAAGUAAUCCUAGAAAAUUUCUAUUUUUGAUUUUAACCUUUGAUUUCCGCAUAUUUUGCAGGAGUGCAAAUACUUCUUCUGGGGCGGCUGCGACGGCAACACCAACAAUUUCGAGAAAGCCGAAGACUGCGAAGUCGCUUGUGGCGUCCGCAAACGUGAGCCUCGUGGUCAGGAACUGGAAUGAUUCACUAUUUGCAGAAGGCGUCUCCAAGACGGUCGAGGAGCACCCUGGACGUGGCCAGCAGCACGUCGGUUUCCGCACGACGCAGGGCAUCAGAAUCACGCCUCACAUGCUCACCACGACGCCUUCAACUGAUAACGCCAGCACCACCGCGUCUCCAGAGUUGAUCUAUCUGAAAGAUUCAGUAACUGGAAGUAUCUUUCAGAGAGGCAACCUCGACCACAGUCAAGGAGGAGCGCCGUCCAACGACGACCACGACUCGCCGAACGUCCCCAACGACAACAACUUCGACGACGACGGCCAAGACGACGACUUCUGCCCCCAGAACGACCACUCGAACUCGGCCUUCUGUUCCACUUCCUUCUCGUCCUCGCACGGCUCCGGUCGUCGCAGAAGAUUCUGAAGAAGAAGCUCAGGACGUCCGCGUCGUCGUUCCAAACCAAGUCUUGAUCGGAGGUACCGAGGCUCCUGACAGUGGUGAAUUUAACGCUUCAACUUACUUUUUUCUUAUGAGUGGAAAUUGAGUCGUGAAAAUCAAUUUUUGACGAACUCUUUUUGGGUUUCGGAACUCUUUUUGGGUUUCGGAAAUCACCUGCUGUCGCCAUAUUCAACAGUUUUCUAAUUGGUUCAAGGUCUGUCUAGCAUUUCAUAGAAAGGCGUUUUGUUGUGGGAGUUUCAGAAUGAGUCCAAAAAUUUCCUAAAAAACCAUAUUUCACGGCUCUUUUUUCAUUCCAAACAUUUUUUUUUCUUCAAACGCAAAGUUUUUCAUUUUUGUUUUGGCAUGUUCGAACCAUUUUUUUUUGUUUUUAUUUUUGAAUGCGAGUGAUUUUUGAGUUUUCAACUAACGGAGUGAUUUCAAUUAAUUGCAUUGAAACCUGUUUUUAACGCAGUUUUUAUUAUAGGUUUUUUUCUGUUGCUUGUCACUUUUUUUGAAAACUUGCUAUAUCGAACUAAGUCUCUGCAUUUUUCUUUUCAAAUUUUCGAAAAAAUUUUUGAUUAGCCAAUCAGAGACGUAGUGCGGUAGAGGAAACUUAAAAAAGAGGCAAGACUUACAUCGAAGUUAUAUAGUUCAGUUCUGAUUUUAGAAGCUGUAACAGGUUAUACUUUUUGUUCGAAGAGAGGGAAUCUGUUUGCCGUUUCCUUUCCUUAACAUACUAUCAUCAAUAAUUUUCUUAUUUUAAUAGUUUGCGUGUGAAACUUUCAGUUCAAUUUCUAACAUUUUCUUUUUUAACAAACUUCUUCCAGUUAAUCGCUGCAAGCACCCGAAAGACUCUGGAAACUGCCGCGGUCAGUUCGUUCGUUGGUAUUUCGAUGAUGCCACUCAGGUUCGUCUGAAUAUUUUUGAAAUACUUUGAAUUAUCGAUUCUUCAUUUUAAAAAAUUACAUGGAAAAGCGCAGCGGUAAAAAAACGGACGAAAUAAAAUUUGUGCGGAAAGCUUGAGAUUUUAAAGUAAAAAACUUCCGUUGUUAUUAGAGCACAGAAAUAAUGAGUUUUUUUUUGAUGUAAAGAAACUUUAUUUUCUUUAGCUGUGCGACGUUUUCACCUACACGGGCUGCCAAGGAAACGGCAACAACUUCGCGAGUCGCGAAGAAUGUCAGGCGAUCUGCGCGAAGCCUCCGUCCACAGCCGCUCCCCUGCCCGACUUCUCCAACAUCUGCAACAACGACGUCGACGCCGGCGAAUGCAACGGAGUCUUCCAGCGAUUCGCCUUCGACACCGAGGCCGGCGACUGCAGACCUUUCACUUACGGAGGCUGCGGCGGCAACGGAAACAACUUCGCCACGAUCGCCGAAUGCCGCCAGCGUUGCACCAAGAGUUGGUUAUUUUCUGUGUAAUCCAUUUAAAAACCGGAAAUCCUCAUUCAGUUCCGUGAAAAAAGAUUUCAUUAAGCAAAAAAUAAAAUAAUUUUCAGCUCCGGAAGUUCCUCCCAACGCUUGCGACACCGACAUCGAGGUCGGCGAGUGCAGCGGUGUUUUCCAUCGUUUUGCUUUUGACAAGAACAUCAACGACUGCCGUCAGUUCACCUACGGAGGAUGCGGAGGUGAGAACAAAAUAACAGUUCUCUGGAAGUAGGUGGCUUUCAGGAAAUGGCAACAACUUCGCUUCGAUGCAAGAGUGCCGCAACAAAUGCGUCAACCGCAUCUGCCCAGAGCCGCCAGCCUGCGAUCUUCUGCGCUGCCAGCUCGUCAACGACCGCAGCGGGUGUCCCUUCUGCUCAUGUCCGCCGGUCCGACAGCCGUCUCCUCCGGCUUCCACCGCCUGCCAGCCAGUCCAGAACUGCGCCGACCCGUGCAUCGUGAUCAGCAACCGCAAGGGCUGCGAGGAGUGCGUCUGUCCUUCUCCGGAAGUCGACAACGGCGUCGUGCCGCCAUCUCCCCUUCCCACAGUCCAUCUUCCACCUCCGACCCAGACGACUCGAGUCGCCAGGCCUCCUGCCACCCACGUCGCCAGACCUCCAGCGAGUUUCGAAGACGUCGGACCUCCAUCAAGACCCAUCGCGCCACCAGCUGCCACCAACGCUCCUCCUAGACAACGUAUGUUCGAAAAUUUCCAACGUCUAUUCCUUCUUUUAACUUUGGUGUAUCAAUUGUGAUGGACACAUAGGAAAAAGAUAUUUGCUUCAAGAUUAGCCUCCACGAAAAACUCCCAUUUUAAGACGCUGUCCCAACGGUUGAAUCUUUCGAAGAGAAGCCCAUCGAACUGCCAGUACGUCCGUCUCUGCCCAACCUUCCGACGCUUCUCUCCGCCCAACUCGAAGAGAAAUGCAUGCAAGCUGUAGUUAGUCAGCGUCUUGAAUCCCUAAAAGUCUGAAAUUUUGCUCAGGAGCCCGGACCGUGCAAGAAUUUUGCCGACCGCUGGUACUUUAACUCGGAAGACGGCACCUGUCAUCCGUUCAAGUACGGAGGCUGCGCUGGAAAUCGCAACCACUUCUUCACGCAAAAGGAAUGCGAAGUCCACUGUGCCCGAUUCCUCAGUCAGUUUUUUCUCUUCACCAUGCAUGCUAGAACCGCACAAGUACCCGUUCCAAAAGUCUUGAGUCUCAUUAGUUUCGAAGUGGUCAAUGCGCUAUAA